AGCGACACAUGCCUGUUCGCAACGUGUUGACCACACGUUCUGACAGACAACAUGAUGUCUCUCCGUCUUUAGAAGCUGCUUUGCCGUACUCAUUCGUCGAAGAGCCAUUGCUUGACUGGCGUCCGAGCGUCCAACCUCGCAGUCCUCCUAGUGACACCUUCGUAGCUACUCCGCCUAGUACAACAGGUGGACGCACGCUUUCACUCGACUCGGGCGCCGCAACAUUACGCAGCGCCAACUCGAGAACAACACCUUCAUCUUCAACGAAUCUUCCUACAACUAGGACAGACCAGGAUAAUGACGCAGCGCUGCCGCGUGGGCAUAGCUUGCGCUUCUUCCUUCAGGAUCCGGG